AUGUAUCUGAUCACUGUAUUGGGAAACCUGCUCAUCAUCCUGGCUGUCAGCUCAGACUCCCACCUCCACACACCCAUGUACUUCUUCCUCUCCAACCUGUCCUUGGUAGACAUCUGUUUCACCUCCACCACCAUCCCAAAGAUGCUGCUGAACAUCCAGACACAGAGCAAAGCCAUCACCUAUGCAGGCUGCAUCACACAGAUGUAUUUUUUCAUACUCUUUGCAGUGUUGGAUGACUUCCUCCUGACUGUGAUGGCCUAUGACCGCUUUGUGGCCAUCUGCCACCCCCUGUACUACAUGGUCAUCAUGAACCCCCGGCUAUGUGGACUGCUGUUUCUGGUGUCCUUUAUCAUGAUUGUGUCCAUAUUUUAUGGCACAAUCCUAGGAGUGUAUCUCAGCUCUGCUGGUACCCACAGCUCACAGUCAAGUGCAACAGCCUCAGUGAUGUACACUGUGGUCACACCCAUGCUGAACCCCUUCAUCUACAGCCUCAGGAAUAGAGACAUAAAGGGAGCUCUGAAAAGAUUCUUUGGAUGGCAGGAAAAUCUGAAGCCUCAGUUUUUACUGUGUGUCCCUCAUUCUUUGUACAUCAGUACCUUAGUGGCUCUUGCUGAGGAUGUAGACUGA